UGGAAAUAUAUACUGGAUUAUGCUGACAUGUGGCGUGUAUUUUGAUGAACGAGAUUUGAAAAUUCGAAAAGAGGAAAUGCGAAAACGAAAGGAGAAUUUUUACUUUUCAUCUCUUCUUAAACACGUUGGAUUUGAACACCAACGCUAUUCAAUAUGGGGUGGCCCAUAUCCUUCAUAGUUUAAUUACGACACCGACUUUCCAACGUCGAGUAGAUAAAGACUGACAAAUCAACAAAAAUAUUCCACAAAGUUAUACGCUCUACGGCCUCUACCACCAAAAUGAACGUCAACACUCACCAAUAUUUGAAGACAACUAGUGGAGGACAAUGUGCUCAAGUAGAAGGAAAAUCGAGUGUACACGUCGAAUGGGCAACCGUAAGUGACGGUUGGGCCGAUUUAAGAAGCAAUUAUUCAUUAGCCGGGAAUUACGAAGGAGUUUACGAAGGUAUCGGACCUUCAAGAGAAGAUGAAGGGCAAGAAUAUGAGAUAGAAGAAGAUUCCGAAGACACAAUAGAAAUUGAAGAUACAGAAGAAACGGAACCAGCCAUACCGGAAAACCAGGAACAGGAAAGUGAAGAAAAAGAAUCCGAAGAGAUUUCUGAAGAACAAGAACGUCAGAAUGAAGAUUAGUGAUUCUUGUUAAAGUGCCGAUAUCUCGCGAAUUAAAAUCGCAACUUAAUAAUUGCUUGGGAUUAUAAUCGUCCCGUCGUGUAGCGUAGCCCCUUAGUUAAAGCACUGAAAUACAAGGUAUGAAAAAUUCAA